AUGUGGCUUUAAUUUCAAGUUCACCAGCUCUAGAUCCUCCAUAAAGGGAAGCACCAUCUCACAACAUCAUCCCAUCAUAGAAUGUUUCUGUGAGGUCACCCACUUCCCUAAAUUCCCAAGAGAAAUUCCAGAGUCCACUCGACCUUCCUUCCUACAGGGAACCUCUGAUAGUCAGUCCCAUGAAUUUCAUGACCACCGAGUGACAACAAUCUCUGCAUUGGCGGGUGUGGCGUUCAUGGAGAAAGGUAAACCAAUGUUCCCAUUUGCCUGCAGAGACUUUCAGCAGCUGAAUGAGAAGAACGUGGAAGCCAAUAACCAGCUUGCGUUUGACAUUGCGGAGCGGGAGUUUGGGAUCUCUCCCAUCAUGACGGGGAAGGAGAUGGCAUCGGUGGGGGAGCCGGACAAGCUGAGCAUGGUGAUGUACCUGCUGCAGUUCUACGAGAUGCUGAAGGACACCACUCCAGAGGAAUAUCUGUUGGGAUUUCAUGACAAGUCCAAUGUUGCCACUUCCACGAAAUCACCCAUCGCUUUCUUCAGCAGGCUGGGACAGAACAUCACUCGCAAAUUGACACCAAAGGGUAAAGCAGAACACAAGUCAGUUUCCACGCCGACAGAGAAACGAGUGAGUUAGUUCAGAUAGCGAGAGUCAUCAUCUCCACUCACCCCAUGACACCUGACCCACUUGACCCAUGUGCACCGUGACCCCUGACCUGUGUGCACUGUGACCCCUGACCCGUGACCCCAUUUACCCCAGGGUUAGCUGUGAGUGUUGGUGUCUGGAUCCCAGGAUUCUGCCCUUCACCUGGGACAAGGGAUGUGAGACGCCCCAGUCUCCCACUUACUGCCUGUCCAGUGCAGUUAUUGCCCUGGUGUGACUGGGAUCCCAGUGCUCACAGUGAAACGGGACAAGAGUGUUUUAUGUCUCGGAAAGCUGUUGGGAGUCAGACAAUGAGUAUUCCCACAGAAAAACACACAAGUGUGACCCUGCUUCAAUAGUGGGGCUCUCAUUGUCUCCCUGACCCUGUGUACAGACUAACCUGCCACUCCAUGUGUGGUGUAACCUGACUGCCCUCUGUACAAAGUGACCCCUUCCCCCACUGGCCCUGUGUACAGAAACUCCCUGUGGGCUCUGACUCUUUGUCUCCUUGUAUUGUCUGACCCCUGACCUCACUAACCCUGUUUCAAAUGACCCCUGACCCACUGACCCAGUAUAAAGAGUGAUAACGGGUUAACAUGGAAUCAGUCCUGAAGUUCUUUACAGAUAUGUGCCCAUGUUUCUGCCCUUUAGAAAGAUGUAGGACGUGAGUCCAUUUCCAGGUCGACAGAGAAAGUCAGAUAGUCAUCUCCCUCCUCUCACCAUGUGGACUCGUAACCCUGACCCAACUCACCCCAUGUACACCGUUUCUCUGUGGAGCUGACAGAAUAUCACUGUGGUUCACCAGCGCAAUCUUGAAGGAAUCUGACACCACUAGUCCUGUGUACGUGGUAACCCCUGGCCCCGCCCACCCUGUGUACACAGCGACCCCAACCCCUGUCCCUGCUCACCAGGCGCUUCUGACCCCACGUACACAAUGUCCGCAUACGGGCGAUCACCAGCACUGUCUGUCCCCCUAAACCCUCUUUCCCCUCCACCCCCACUCUCUUCUCCCUCCCCUCCACCCCACUCACUUCUCCCUCCCCUCCAUCCCACUCUC